GGACGUCCGGGGGAGACGGGGGGGAGACGGGGACAGCGCGGCCCCCGGGCUCGGGGAGACGAGGCGGCUUGUGUCUGGCAGCGCAAAUCUCCGAGGCAGAGAGCUGAUUGCUUCGAGGGAGGAGGCAGCAAACCCAAAUCGGUCUGAGGAUGAGCGGGACGCCUGGUCCACCUCUCCGCCGGCCCCUUUGGCUCCAAGUCCCCAGUCCCUCUUCUGUCCCCCGCCUCCCGGCUCCCCGGGAUUCCACCUCUCCUUGGACCCUGAGCAGGAAACGGGGAGUAGGGACGGUGCUCGGAGCUUCCCGACCCGCCGGGGAGGGACGUCUCAGACUGUCUGGGGAUAAUGAUCCCGGCAGGCGACGGGCCAACCCAAAUGCCAUGGUAGGGUGAGGUCGGGCCCCCGCUGACUUCCGCCCCAGCCGGCCCGUUUCAGCCCCAAAUGGGAUAAUGAGAACCUUGCCUCUGUGGAGCAGCGACCGGGAGGAGCCAUCCUCCCUCCCGUGCGUGCACCCGGCCCUCGCCCAUCUCAGAACCUCCCAGCCUCCUCUGCCUCCCAGAAGCAGGGUUCCCGGCUUCCUGGCUUCCCCGCUGCCCACGCCCCACGACUUGGCGUGCCCCCCCCCAACCGGCCUCUCUCCGAACCCAGGCAUCCUGCCCAUCCAGCCCUCCCCCCUUCCCCGCCCUCGCUGCCGCUGGGUCCCAGCACUCUUCCUCCCAGAACCAGGUGUCCUGCCCUUCGGUCUCUGGUGUUCCCCUGGACCUGCUUCGCUGGGCCUGCCUCACUGGGCCUCUGCCUUAGUACACUGCUCCCUGCCCCGAGGCCCUGGGAACUUGAGCCAAGGCCCAGGCGGAGCUGGCUUUUCUGGUUGGAGGUGGCAUGGGGAGUGCCCCCGGGGGGGCGGGGGGCUGCCCACAGUCCAGUCCCUUUAACCACCGCUGGAGAGCCUGGAGCAGUGUGCCCUAGAUGCCCAGGGCCUGAGGAAGGAUGAUCCCGGUGGCCGAGUUCAAGCAGUUCACAGAGCAGCAACCCGCCUUCAAGGUGCUGAAGCCCUGGUGGGAUGUGUUGGCCGAGUACAUCACCGUGGCCAUGCUCAUGAUCGGAGUCUUUGGCUGCACCCUUCAGGUGACCCAGGACAAGAUCAUCUGCCUGCCCAGCCACGUGCCCAGAGAGAACGCCUCCGAGACACCUUGCAGCGAGCCGCCCCGGGCGCUCCCAGUGGGGAACAGAGAGGUCCAGGAGCUGAGCGGGCUGAAGAACAACCUGGACCUGCAACAGUACAGCUUCAUCAACCAGCUGUGCUAUGAGACAGCCCUCCACUGGUACGCCAAGUACUUCCCCUACCUGGUGGUCAUCCACACCCUGAUCUUCAUGGUCUGCACCAGUUUCUGGUUCAAGUUCCCAGGCACCAGCUCCAAGAUCGAGCACUUCAUCUCCAUCCUGGGUAAGUGUUUCGACUCGCCUUGGACCACCCGGGCCCUGUCGGAGGUCUCGGGCGAGAACCAGAAGGGCCCCCCUGGGCGGGCGGCGGCGGGCGGCGGCCCCGCGGGCCCGGGCAAGGCAGGGGCAGCGGAGAAGACCCCGGCGGCGGAGCCGGAGAAGGUGGUGACGGAGCCCCCUGCCGUCAGCCUGCUGGACAAGAAGGAGGGGGAGCAGGCCAAGGCCCUGUUUGAGAAGGUGAAGAAGUUCCGGGUGCACGUGGAGGAGGGGGACAUCCUGUACAGCAUGUACAUCCGCCAGACGGUCCUCAAGGUGGGCAAAUUCCUAGCCAUCCUGGUCUACAACGUCAUCUAUGUGGAGAAGAUCCGCUUCCUGGUGCCCUGCUGGGUGGAGACGGCCGAGGUGACGGGCUACGCCAGCUUCUGCUGCAACCACACCAAGGCCCACCUGUUCUCCAAGCUGGCCUUCUGCUACAUCUCCUUCGUGGGGGUCUAUGGGCUGACCUGCCUCUACACACUCUAUUGGCUCUUCCACCGACCCCUGAAGGAGUACUCGUUUCGCUCCGUGCGGGAGGAGACGGGCAUGGGGGACAUCCCCGACGUGAAGAACGACUUCGCCUUCAUGCUGCACCUCAUCGACCAGUAUGACUCGCUCUACUCCAAGCGCUUCGCUGUCUUUCUCUCGGAGGUGAGCGAGAGCCGCCUCAAGCAGCUCAACCUGAACCACGAGUGGACGGCGGAGAAGCUGAGGCAGAAGCUGCAGCGCAACGGGCAAGGCCGGCUGGAGCUGGCCCUGUGCAUGCUGCCCGGCCUGCCCGACCCGGUCUUCGAGCUGAGCGAGCUGGAGGCCCUGAAGCUGGAGGCCAUCGGCGAGGUGACCUUCCCGCCGACCCUCUCGCAGCUGGCCCGCCUGGAGGAGCUCAGCCUGCUGCACUCACCCGCCAAGCUGCCCUUCUCCUCCCUGGUCUUCCUGCGCGACCGGCUCAAGGUGGCCCGGGUCCAGUGCGCCGAGCUGCGUGAGGUGCCCCCCUGGAUCUUCGGCCUGCGCAGCUUGGAGGAGCUGCACCUGGAGGGCCUCUUCCCCCCGGAGCUGGCCCGGGCCGCCGCCCUGGAGAGCCUGAAGGAGCUGAAGCUGCUCAAGAGCCUGUCGCUCCGGAGCAACGCGGGCAAGGUGCCCCCCAGCGUGGCCGACGUGGCGGGCCACCUCCAGCGACUCAGCCUGCACAACGACGGGGCCCGCCUGCUGGCCCUGAACGGCCUGAAGAAGCUGGCCGGCCUGCGGGAGCUGGAGCUGGUGGCCUGUGGCCUGGAGCGGAUCCCCCACGCCGUCUUCAGCCUGGCCGCCCUGCAGGAGCUGGACCUCCGCGACAAUCAGCUGCGCUCCAUCGAGGAGAUCCUCAGCUUCCAGCACUGCCGCAAGUUGGUCACCCUCAAGCUGUGGCACAACCAGAUCGCCUAUGUCCCCGAGCAUGUGCGCAAGCUCAAGGGGCUGGAGCAGCUGUACCUCAGCCACAACAAACUAGAGACCCUCCCCCCACAACUGGGUCUCUGCACCAACCUGCGCCUCCUGGACCUCUCCCACAAUGGCCUCAGGGCCCUGCCCCCGGGCAUCGGCCUCCUGCAGCACCUCCAGCACCUGGCCGCCUCUUACAAUGCCCUGGAGGCCCUGCCGGAUGAGCUCUUCUUCUGCCGCAAGCUGCGCACCCUGCUGCUCGCCCACAACCGACUCUCCCAGCUCUCACCCCGCGUGGCCUUGCUGCGGGCUCUGACCCGCCUGGACCUCAAGGGAAACCGCCUGGAGAGCUUGCCCGGGGAGCUGGGGGACUGCGCGGGGCUCCGCAAGGCGGGGCUGUUGGUGGAGGACGCACUCUACGAGGGUCUGCCCGCUGAUGUCCGGGAGAAGAUGGAAGAGGAGUGAGCUCCUGCCCCGCCCCGCCCCCCCUCCCCAACACAACACAUACACCAAGGGAGCUGGGGGAGGCAGAGGAGGCCCCUUUGCUCCACCUCUGGCAAAGGGCCCCCGCCUCCCCUCCCUCUCCCCCACACCCUGCCACCCCACUCCCUGCCCCAUCCCAGAUGGAUUCCCCACCCUGGGGAUUUGCCUCCACCCCCUCGAAAGGGACAAGUGUCCCCCCCACCCUGGCAGACACCCUCACCCGGAGGAGCCUGGGGGAAAUCCCGGAGACUGGUCUCUCCAGGGAUCCGGUGUCUGUGGGAUUCACGCUGGGCUCCCGGAGGGGAUGAGUUGUGCUGGGAAUCUGGGGACACCAGGCGUGCCUAAGGGAGAGACCAGCAUCUGGGCCGGUUCCCUCAACUGGCAGCAGGGUCCCCGGCCCCGAGUUCCUCCCCCCCAGCCCCUGCCCCCCUCGCCCCACCAAGACUGCCUGCGUGUAGUGCCUUUAAUCCCUGGGAGUAGGUCACACACUGGCCUCCCAGAGCUGUGCUCUCAGAACUGUGCUCCCAGAGCUGUGCUCCCAGACUGUGCUUCCAAGACUCUGCUGGGCCCCCCUGGCUGCCUGGGAUUCCCCCCACAAGGGAGCGAGAUGGGGACUUGAGACCAUGCCCCACGGCCAUGGCAGUGGCGGGGACGGGGGAUGCUUGCCCACCCUUGAUUCAGCAGUUGUUUGCUACCCUCAUUUCUGGAGUUUGGGGAUUUGGGGUUUCCAAAUCCAAAGCCAUGGCUUCCCCAGAGCAGAGAUCAUGUCUGUGUCUUUUAUAUGUCUGUCCGCUUAAUAAAUAUAAUUAUUAUUAUUCAAAUCA